AUGUCCACCGAUAUCCCCCCAACAAUGCCAGCCUGGUAUUACAAAACCCGCGGCCCAGUCUCCAAAGUCCUAACCUACACAAAAGACUUCCCCACACCAAACUCCUCAACACUCGCCCCAAAUGAAGUCCUUAUCAAAGUAGCCUACGCAGGCUUCACACCCACCGCAAGCACACUACCUGCCAUCAUCCCGCCCUGGAUCCAAAAAGAUGGCACCGCAAUUCCCGAGCUGGAAUUCUCAGGCACCAUCGCCGCGCUUGGAAGUAGUACUAUCCGGCCAGAAAUACAGCUGGGCACGCGAGUCUUCGGAGGUACCUCGUUAGGAAUAUUGCUGCGACGUGGCUCGGGUACGUUGGCGGGGUAUUGUCCUUGUCCAGUUGAUCAGUUGAAUGUUGUUCCUGCCGGCAUGGAUCUAGAACAUGCGGUUGCUUUGGCUGGGAAUGGAGUUACGGCUGUCCAGGUUGUCGAUGCGGCGGAUGUUAAGCGAGGUGAUAAGGUCUUUGUUAAUGGGGGGAGUGGGGGUGCGGGGUCGAUGAUUUUGCAGGUUAUCAGGGACCGGGUUGGUGAAACUGGGGUUGUUAUUUCGAGUUGUUCGGGUGGGAAUGUUGAGUUGGUCAAGUCUUUGGGGGCUGAUGAGGUCAUUGAUUACCGCCAACAUGAUCCGUUACAUGAGUACUUGGCGAAAGAGCAUGGCGAGACUCGCUUUGAUGCUAUUGUUGAUACGGUGGGUAUUCAGGAGCUUUAUACUAACUCCCCGGGGUAUCUGCGUGAGGGGGGCCGGUUUAUCAAUAUUGGUGCUAUGCAGGCUCAAUCCGCCAAUGGAAGCUUGUUUGCAUUUGCUUGGGCAAUGAUUUUGAAUUUGGCUUUGCCGGCUUGGUUGGGUGGUACGCCUCGUCGGUACCAGAUGGUUAUGGGGACGCCUGGGGUGGAUGUUAUGACUCGAGUGAAGGAAUUGGCCGAGGACGGAGUUUUGGUGCCCGUCAUUGAUUCGACUUGGGAGAUGGAGGAUGUUUUGAAGGCAUAUGAAAAACUUCAUUCGCAGCGAGCAAGAGGAAAGGUCAUUAUCAAGAUCCAGAAAUAG